UCACACACACAGCGCGCACUGAAAAAGCCAAUCGCAACAUCAUACAGGAGUGAGUUCUGCUGAAAUAAUCGAGAAGUUUUAAAGGGGACUCUUGCGCAGUUUCGCUUCCACACGAAGCAUGAAGGAACUGAUACCAGUGUGGCUCUAAUGCUGCACAACUGAUUCGAGCCGUUCAUUUCCAAAAACUCUCUCCCAACUUUGUACUUUCUGACCUUCAGCGGUUUUUCAGCCCAAUCAUAGGCAGGCCAACAGUCAUGUAGUGAGCAGUGUGUGAAGGACAUCCAGAUCACUUUCAGCUCUUUCUACACAAAGAGACUCCCAUCUCUCUUCGGGCUGGACUGCGCGGCGGCAGCAGCCCGCCCCCCGCGUCCCCCAGCCAUGUCGUCACGCAUUGCCCUGCGCCUACAGCUCAUGCGGGACCAGAUGCAGCAGGAGGAGCAGCGGGAGCGGCAGCAGCAACAGGCAGUAGCCAUGCAUUACAUGCAACAUCGUAUGCCAGGCCCGCCUGCAUCAUCACCAUCCAUCAGUGCGCCAACUCACUUCCAGGCACCCAUGCAGGUUCCUGUGGAAGUGCUAAAGGUGCAGACCCACCUUGAGAAUCCCACGGACUACCACAUCCGACAGUCUCAGCGGCAGCAAGUCAAGGAAUAUCUGUCCACUACCUUUGCCUCCAAGCAGACUGUACAUGCCAUAGCAAGCUUGGCUCAGCCUUCUCCACCCACAAUGGCCCAGGGUCAGACAGGAGCUGCCCCACCACCCCUUCAUUCUCCAUGCAUGCGCACAGAGCAGCUCAUGAACUCUGCUGGGAACAGCGCCCCCAACAGUCCCAUGGCCAUGCUAAACAUCGGCUCCAGCCACGAGAAUGAGAUGGAUGAGGUUAUUGAUGACAUCAUCAGCCUGCAGUCAAGUUAUGAUGACAUCCAGGCUUAUAUUGACCCCGUGGUGCAGAUGCCAAACACACUCCCGCUGUCUAGCAGCCACUUGGAUGUGUACACAGGGCCAGGUAUGACUGGACAAGCGAUCGCCAUGACCAGCAACUCCUGCCCUGCCAACCUAGCCAUUAAGAGAGAGAUGUCAGAUGCAGAAGUCCGUGCUGUAGUUAAGGAGAGACAGAAGAAAGACAACCACAAUCUGAUUGAAAGGAGGAGAAGAUUUAACAUUAAUGAUCGAAUUAAGGAGCUAGGCACCAUGAUCCCCAAAGCCAAUGACUUGGAUGUGCGCUGGAAUAAAGGCACUAUAUUGAGGGCCUCUGUGGAUUAUAUUAAACGCAUGCAGAAGGACAUCCACAGAACCAGAGAGGUGGAGAAUAACUUCAGGAGGAUGGAGAUGGCCAACAAACAGCUGUGGCUCCGCAUUCAGGAGCUUGAGACGCAAGCCCAGAUACAUGGCCUUCCCAACAGCUCUCCAUCUGGCUUAAUCAACGUCGAGGUGCUAAACCCCUUCCUCAAGCAGGACAACAGCCCAGAGGAGAACCACCUCCCACAUCAACCCCACCUUCCUCCUCACUACCCACAGCACCAGGGUCAGCCGCAGACCCAACCCCACCCUCAGCUCCACCAGCACCAGCACCAGCACCUCCACCCACAGCCCCCGCUGCAGUAUCCGGCAGUGGGCAGCUCUCAGCACUUUGACUAUGCCCAGUCACUGGACUUGUGUGACAUGGGCAUUUCAGGAUAUCAGGAUGGGAUGGGGAGCAUGGGAGAUCUCAUCUCGUUUGGUGGAGGUGUCGCACCGAUGGGAAAGAAGAGCGAGCUGGGCUUCUUACUGAUGGACGAGGCCCUGUCGCCUUUGGGUGUUGACCCACUGCUGUCUGCCAUAUCCCCCGAGGCGUCUGUUGACAGCAGCCGCCGUAGCAGCUUCAGCAUUGAAGACUCAGACAUACUGUGACCCGGCCAGCCUUGGGUGUCACUGCACCAUAUGCAUAUGACAUGACAUACACACAUAUUAUCACACAGUUAACAAGUCAAGGUACAAUGCAGUUGCACCCUGCUAUCUGCAGUACAGUUUAGGUACUUCCUUUAGAGUCUGACACCCAAAUCGAGAUCCAUGCUUUUCAUACAAAAACACUUUUCACUCAACGCAAUAAUAUGCACAUACUGAUUUAUAUUUACAUGCAAAAACAGACUAGCUGAACAAACAGAGAACUGAUAUGCUUGAAUACUGUCACCCAAAAUUUGUUUAAAUAGUAUAAAAGUGGACACAGGCACCAUUUAACUACAUGUACCCCUUCAAAUCUUUCAAUUUGGCAACACCCAAAAAAUAGCAUUCAAACUUUUUAAAUGUGCAUUAUCAUGCAUAUUCAGACCACACACUCACAUUCUCUAUCGGUAGAAAUAUUUUACUAUUAACACACGGUAUAUCAGCUUUUUCCCCACAUGUGAGACUGUCAAACACCCUUAAAGGGGUAGUUCACCCAAAAAUGAAAAUUAUCUCAUCACUUGCCCUCAUGCCAUCCCAGAUGUGUAUGACUUUCUUUCUUUUGCUGAACACAAACAAAGAUUUUUAGAAGAAUAGCUCAGCUCUGUAGGUCCAUACAACGCAAGUGAAGCUCCAAAAAGCACAUAAAGGCAACAUAAAAGUAAUCCAUAUGACUCCAGUGGUUAAACCUAUAUCUUCAGAAGCGACAUGAUAGGUGUGGGUGUGAAACACUCUUACUGUAAAUCUCCACUUUCACAUUCCUCUUUGUUUUUGUCGAUUCGCAUUCUUUGUGCACAUCGCCACCUACUGGACAGGGAGGAGAAUUGGUAAAAAGGACUUGAAUAUUGAUCUGUUUCUCACCCACACCUAUCAUUACACUUCUGAAGAUAUAGAUUUAACCACUGGAGAAUUGUCAUUUUAGGGUGAACUAUUCUUCAAUAUUCUCCUGAAUCCAGAAAUGAGCUAAUUAUUGGAGCCUUUUUUUUUCCACUUGAAUUAAACAGCCACAUUUGAGCUCUUAGACAGACAGACAGACAGACAGGAAGCCUGCUGUAUCAGAGAGAAUAAAGCAAAGGCAGCUAAUCCUCAAAUGCAGGAAGGACAGGGUUCCCACAAUCAUGGAAAACUUGAAAAUGUUUCCGGUUCUCGAAGUCACGGAAAUUUAAAAUAUUGAUUUGGCUAUAAGUAUAUUAAAAUGUGUUUGCCAGCAAUAGUGAUGGCUGAUUUAUGAGCGAAUCUUUAUUUUGAGUUUGAACUUUAAAUGAGUUUAAAACAUCCUUAUCCAGUAAUCACAAAUGACUGGAGAGGACAUAGAAAUUAAUUGGUUAAAAAGUGUGGGAACCCUGGAACGGUAAUUUAAUGUUCACAAAGGAAAGAAGAACAGCUACUCAAAUGAGUCCUACAGCAAAAAAAAAAAAAAAUGCCAAAUCUUGUAAUGAUAGUAUUUUUUAUUUUAUUUAAUUUUUUUAUAAACAGGCCAUUGUCAUACUCUGGUAUGAAUCUCCACCAGCUUGGAGAGACUUUGAAAAAAGCUAUAAAAAGAAAUCUGCCAUAGUGCCUUAGACUAUUUUAAAAUUAGUUUUAUGUAGCUGCUGUUGUCUGUUGUGCAGAUCAGGUGCUAGUGUGACAGUACAGUCAGUGGACAGUGCAGCAGAAUGCAAAAUAAAUUAGCCAGUUAGUCUCCUAGGUGUCUUAAGGCCAAGGUCAGAUUCUUCAAGAAGCAAAUGGUCAAAUGCACUCUCGUGUUGGCAUGCAUUAACAUUGAGCCAACAACUGUGAGUGCCAUUUGCCAAGCUGAAAUUAUAAAGCCCAAGGUGCCUUUCAGGAAAACUGGAUCAACGUGAUAUUUGAUCCAGCUUUUGAGAUGUACAGUAUUGAAAAGGAUGUGGAAUAUGUAGAAAAGGUACAUGUGUUCAUAUAGGUUAUCUUUUUUUAUUGGUCCUUUUAACUUCCCAAAGUACUGGAAAAACCAAUUAUAAUUUUAUUGACAUUAUAAAGAUUUUAUGAAGCCCCCCCAAUGUUUUAUAAGCCACUUAAAUGUAUUUUACCUGUCCUUUUUUCUUUCUUCUAAAAAAUAUUUCACUGCCGAGCCAUUGAAAUACAGUAUAAAAUAUUUCAUCUGCCAUUCUAUUAUACAAAUGGCAAGUGCAGAGCCAUAUUAUAUAUAUUUUUUCCUUUCUUUGUACAAAAUCGUUAAAACACAUUAGGCUAUUAAUAGAUUUAAAGAACAUGUAUAAAGUUGUUUUUAUAUUGAUUUUGAUUUCUUCUCUUUUUCUUUUUUUUAAGAAAAAGAGCUAUUUGAGGACAAGUGAUACUGUUGAGUAUUGAUUCGUUGUUUUCAUUAAAUUUGAAUUAAACUGAGAAUGUGAAUUUUACGUAUUGUACAGUUUAGUAGGUUAAACUCAAGGUGACAUAUAGUCUGCCUUUGUUGAGCACGAGCUUUUAUUGAACCCAUGUGCUGUUCUCAAAAACAAGAUCCAAAUGAAGAAUUAUACACUUCCAGUGUCUUAUUAACCAGCUCUUUCUGUUUUACUGUUUUAGUUUUUUAAAUAAGUGCCAUCAGCAUCGGUGAUAUUUUACGCAUUAAUAUUAUCACAGGUGCAUUAUGGAACAUACAUUGAACCAAGUUAGAAACAACCAACACUCUUGUCGAGUCUUGUUGGUUACUUCUAUGCAAAUCUUUGACUUGGUUUUGUUAGAAUAGUCAUAGCAAAAAUAAAAAGAGAAAAAAGGGCAUUUUGGAUAGUAUUGCGGGAGGUGGCUUCUCAUUUUGCUUGUGUGACAGUUUUGUAUUUAGCCAUGCACCAGGAAUGAGAAGGUUUGCCAUUAAGACUGAAGAUAAAUCACUUGAAGUAAAGAGUAUGCUUUGGUAAAAUAUCUUGAUGAUAAAAAAGAAAAAACUUUUUCAUUAUACAGCAUGCUGAAAGACAAUACAAGCAGAAUGUGACUCAAGUUUUUACCCAAACCCUCUGAAGGCCUUGAGAAUGUUUCAGUACUGUGUCAUGUCUAUGGGAUUUUCACUUUCAAAAAUCUCUGGAAUUAAGUGACACCUCAUUAAAUGUAUUUAAGUUGAUGGGAAAAUGGCUGGCUUGUGUGUUUUUUGUGUUGUCAAGGCGUUUCAUGGUGGUGAGGAUGUGUCUCAGCAGUGCCGAUAGAGGGCGCUCUACAUUGUAUUACAAGCAGAUGGAAUUACCUUGUUAAAAAAGUGGAUUUUCCAGUGUUAUGGUGAAAUGAAAACUAAAUAAAACACCGACAUAUACAACUAGCGUAAACAGAAUUAAAGAUAUGUUCAUGACUGCAA